GAACGAAUGAAUGAACGAAUGAACGUUUAGGCUCUGUUUACAUCAUUUUAAUAUGCGCCUGUCUCUAUAACUUGGAUUUUAUUGUAUAUUAUUUAAGUUUCUUGUUAAUAUUUCUGUCACUAAUGUUUAAAAAUAAAGGCAAAUUUAACGAUUUUUAAUGUAUCUGCUUUGUUAACUUGACAAGUUUAAAAAUCAGCAAUCUUAUAUAAAAUCAAAUUACCUUUUGUUUAAUAAAAUUGAGUUACACCUAGACAUAAAAAAAAGUAAUAAAUAAAUAAACGUUAUUGAAAAGUUUCAAAUGAAACUUUAACGUUAAGUUUUUAAUUUAUCAAUGAUGGUGAUAGAUAUUCAUCUGUUAGUGAGGCCCUUCUGGAUUAUUUUCAUUCCAUAUUUUUGUUUCAACGUGCAAAGGACGGAAACACAGAAUGGAAGAUUUUGGAAAAAUUACUACAUGGACGCGAGCGAGGGUGAGCACAGUUGCGAGAAGAUCCGACCGAUACGAAACGAUGACAUGUCUGAAGGCGACUUCUACAUCGUCAAGUCCGAUAGAUACGAAGGAAAGUCAAACCAAACGAAACAACCUUCAGAAUGCACCUUGGCCUUCAACCUUGGAGACAGAAUGAUGUCACUCAAGGUCAACGUCUGGUGGUGUGAGAAACCAUUUGAAGAACCAUUUCUAGCUAUUUAUAGCGAUUGCGAAGGUCGCAGAAAGGGUCUUCUGACAUCGUUCAAUUGCUCGAGCAAGUUUCCAACAGCUCUAGUCAACAGUCCGACAUACUGUCUGACACUUUAUCACUACAGAGGUCACAUCGCGUCCGACUACUACUUCUCACUCUCUGUACUAGCCAUGCAAGAAUUGUUCGCAUUUCCCGUCGGAACAAUUGCCGCGCUGAUAAUAAGCGGCAUGGUCCUAACGAUGAUUAUCGCAAAAAUCGUCUGCGUGCUAACUGGCCAGGACAAGAGACUUCCGGAUCGGUGCUACCUUGGAGAGGAUCAGAAAAAGAUCCUGAGCAACAUCGAUCCAGAGACCAGCUACGAUAUAACAUCUCAAAGUCAAACUUUCCUCCAGUCUAACCAACGUGCAAGCUCUUUGAAAUCCAACCCGAUGAGAAAAUCGACAACAAUCCUCUACUCGCCAACGCAAACGACAUCACCACAACACUCGGUCCAUUCCUUGCGACCACUACAGCAGAUUCAAGUAGCAGCUACACCGUCCACACCACCAUCAUCCAUCCUAAGAUACAAUCGCUCGCCCAGGUCUUCGUACGGCAACAACUACUUCCCGAGAACAUCUAAUGACCUCUACUUGGACAACGGUCAGCACCUACACACGGACACUGACUAUGAUUUCUUGGACGCUUCCGUCACAGGAUCGCCAACCUGAUGCAAUAAACAUAUAUGUUUGCUUUACAUGUGGUGAUGUGGAAAGUUUAAAAGUAGGUUGAAGCAAUUGUCUCCACUUUUAGCUGAGGUGGUCUGUUAUAAAAAAAAAGCUGGUUGAAACUAUAUUAAUUCUCUGUGGCUAUCAAUAAAAAACAAUUUGUUACCAAAAACGUUAAGGGGUAUACCCUUUUGAUUAUAUAUAGUAAAUUCGAAAUCAACCGAAAAUUUGAUGCGGGCGAAUGUAGAUGUGGACGGUUGCAGAAGCGGGCGGUUGAAGUUUGGAAAAAAAUUUUCCGCAAAGGACUCCACAAACCAGAUUGAUGAUUUAGACGUCUAUGUAUGUCUAUGAUGAUUUAGCAUUUAUUAAAUUUAUCUUAAUCAACAACAAAAUUUAAUUUGGAAAAACAAAAAAUUGAAACAGAAACAACUGAAACAAAGCACAAAAGGAAGAAAAUAAUUAUUCGGCAGUUUAUGGUCCUCUGUGUUAUCGUUAUUUUGAUAAGUACCACACAGUGAUAUAACGAAAAACCAAUAUGAAACUCUGAACACAAGUGCGUGCGUGUAUGAAAAUAUGCAUGCCUAAAUUGAUACAUUUUUUAAAUGUGAAAACGUUAAAAUAACUACCUAUAGGGUUGUGUGUUUUUGCGUAUGUAUGUGUUGUGUGCAUGUGUGAAUAAAAUAAACGAUUAUAACGUGUUUCUAAUUAAAAAAAAUGUUCUUAAUGUUAA